UAUCAUUAUUCAGUUAAAUCGAAGCUUUUUGCGGGGGGUUUAGAGUCCAAGUUAGCCACUGUUGAAACUUGAAUCUUGAAAUCGAUUCCCUCUGAUCUCUCUCUCACCUCUCUUUUGCAUUGGCGAGGAGAUACAGGAGGAUUUCUCGAUUGAUUUGCUGGCAUCUGUUGUUGGAGAUGUCUCCUUCCAAUUCCGGGGGAGGACCAAUUUUCAGUAACAAUAAGAAUCACAUACUGCACAAGGUCUCCAAAUUCGACACUCUUGCCGGUGUCGCCAUCAAGUACGGUGUCGAGGUGGCUGACAUCAAAAGGUUAAAUGGGUUGGCCACAGAUUUUCAAAUGUUUGCUUUGAAGACUUUGCUGAUACCAUUGCCAGGAAGGCAUCCACCAUCUCCCACUUUGUCUAAUGGCUGUGCUUCCAAUGGAGAAACUAGCGUUAACAAAAGGCCGCCACAUCGAGGGCAAUCCAAUAUGUUGGAACCAUUCCAGUCCUUGAGAUUGACAUCUCCUCAGCAGACAGUUUCUCCUGCCAUGAGCAUCUUACAGAAGUACUAUGGCAUCCAAUCUUCAAAUACCAAGGCUGAAGUUGAUGGCACCGAAAUGGCAGUUUACAAAAUUGGGAAUUCGGAUGAAGCUGACGAUGAACCAUUGCUGAAAGGUUCACUUAUUUCUGGAUCCAACCAUCAUCAUAGAUCGAGAGAUUUAACUAAUGGUUUAUUUCCUGAGAAUGGUUCAGUGGUGUACACUCCUCUUGCAGAUGCUAGAGAUGGGGAGGGUGAGAAAUCCAAUGAGAAGUCUGUUCGAAGGCGCCAGAAAGCUGAUACUGAUUCCAGGUUGGGCACUCCAGAAAGAUUAUUAAAAGAAGAGAACAGUGGUGGAAGAAAUGGAUUUUCACCUUUAACUGGAAAGAGUUUAGCCAUGAGACCGAAAUCAGCAAGUCGUACAUCGUUGACCACAGAUAUUGAAACAGGAUGGUCGACUUCAAUUGUGGUGGGCAUGGGAGAUGCUGUAAUUACCGAUGGUCCAGCUGGAGUUCGUAAAUCGUCAAGCACUCCAAGUAUGCAAGACCCAGACAACAAUGGUUCUUCAUCAGUUUGGUCAACAUCAAAGUGGAGUUUGAAACCCGACUUACAGGCUAUACCGAUACCAAAUCCAAUAACAGGCCGCAAGAGCAAAGCUGCCCUCGAUUAAUUCAAUUAGUUGCGCAUUUAUAAAAAUGAAUUGGUUGCUUUCAUGGAGUGGAGGACUACACAGUGAGCAUUACUGCAUUUGAAAGAGGUAUUCUGUUAAUAGUCUAAAGAACAAGAGCCAUAUAAAUGGAAAGAGGAAAGAGAAAUUACAGAUUAGGUUAUCAUUUUGAACGAUUUGUUGAUGAGCACUACGCUAAUGUGGAUAGCAUUUGAAGUUUGAAGUUGCUUGGGAAGCCUUGCAAUUAAAAAAGGUAUUUGCUGCAAUUUUUACAGCUUCCAUUUCAAUUGUAACAUUUCUGCUGGGAGUUGAAAUCUAGAUUCCAGUUCAAUAAUUUCAUUUCUUAUAUAGCUAAGUGUGUAUACGAGUCAAAUGUCUCAAUAUGUUUAGUUGCAAAUGCACUUUUCCCAAUUGUAUCAUGUCAUGUAUUUGGAUCUCGGAGAAUGUAUAUUGAUUUGUUGAAGAUUUAUUAUUGUGGCAAUUCUAGAUUGAGACAUUGCAUAUA